UAACUUGACCGGGUAUCUACGUAAACACGGAGAGCGCGUUGCAAAACAAGGCACAAUUCGACCAAAUCAGAGGGGAGUUUCUAGCCUCCUCAGCAGGCAACUUUUCUCCAGAAAUUCACGCGACUAGCUAACACAACAGUGCAUUCGAGAAUGGCGCCUAAAACGGAACCAUGGACACGUCAAGUGGAUAUGGCGAGUGAGCUGCUUCUCUGAGUUACAGUCACUGAUUUCCAGAUAAAAGAUGCUCCGGCCGUUCUCGGGCAUCGCAAGAAACCAUUGCCUUCUCAUCCUGUGUGUCUUCAAUUUCACCUUGCUGUUCUGGCAGAUAUUCAACCUGGAGUCUUGCCUUCAAACAGGUGAGUACCCAGCUAAAGUCGAAGGCGAUACAACGGAGAGAUGUCAAUCAUUCUCCAACCAAUCACCUUUCGAUACGUCAUACAAUGAGCGUGUGGUCACGUGCUCUUAUAACGGAAGUGAAGUCAUCUUCAAAGAUGCAGUCAGAUUGCUGGGGAAGCCUCUCACAAGCAAAAAGUUCUUAACGAUCGGGGUCCCUACUGUAUACAGAGGCGGGAACCACACCCAUCAGGUCUCCUACCUGAGGUAUACACUCGACAGGGUUUUCGCUAACAUAGAGAGCCCCGAAGAUGUCCUAGUCGUCCUUCACCUAGCAGACCGAGACCCAAAAAAGCGAAGAAAUCUCCAAGAACAACUGGCACAGCAGUUUCAGACACACAUCGCCAUGAACAGACUUCAUGUGAUCGAGGCACCGGACUCCUAUUAUCCGCCAUUAGAGGGUCUUCCCCUUAACCAUGGUGACAGCGAGGCGCGUGUGAGAUGGCGCUCUAAGCUCUUGGUUGAUCAGGCUUUCUUGAUGGGGUAUUGCAGUGGAAUGGGCAAGUACUACUUACAGCUAGAAGACGACUCGCCGCCCGAAGAUGGCCCAUUUGUUGAGAAAAUCAGACGGUGUAUCUUCGCGAAGAGGCAUUUUGACUGGGUAUUCCUGAAGACCACUUAUCAUAUGAAUAUAGGGAACUUAUUCAAGGGGAAAGAUUUAGCCGAUUUGGCCCGGUUUCUUUAUAUGACUUACGAAGAGUAUCCUGUGGAUUUAGCGGUGUUUAUAUAUGCCGAAAUAUUGCGAACGAAAAGGCAUAUAGAUAAUUUAUGCGGCUCUUACUUUCUACACAUAGGGAAGCAGUCUUCCUUGAAGACUGUCAAGCCUCGCAUAGCCUGAAAGAAAUGACCUUAACUUGAGAACGGAA